AUGGCAUCGUCAUCAUCAGCAACAACUGGAGAGAAGAAGAUGUUGACAUUGAAGACCUGUGAUAACAAAGAAUUUUCUGUUGCGGAAUCUUUGGUCUUACAGUCUGAACUUAUUAAGACCAUGGUGAAAGAGGAACGCGUUUCUAGCAUCCCAUUACCUACCAUCAAAAGCAAGACGCUGGUUAAAAUCAUUGAAUACCUCAAGAAGCAUGCGGAGCUCACUGCUACCUCGAACAAAGAAGACUUCAAAAAUUUCCAGAAAGAGUUUGUGAAUGUUGUUUUAGAGGAACUGCUUGACCUAACUGUGGCAGUAAAUUAUUUGAAAAUCAAUGGUUUGCUGGAAUUCUGUUGCCAGGCUGUGGCUGACAGAAUAAAAAACAAGAGCGUUGAGGCUGUUCGAAAGAUUUUUCGAAUUGAAAGUGAUUUCACCCCAGAGGAAGAGGCAGAGUUUAGGAGGGAAACUCCUUGGGCCUUUGAAGGCGACCUUGAUGAUACCACCAACUAG